AUGGGCUGCCCCGUCUUGCGAAACGCGUUUGCUGCUUUCAUCCUGGUUUUGCUGUCAAAAGGGUCCAGUGUGCAUGGAGCAGAAUUCGGACACCUGCCUGACAACAUUACAGUGUUGGAAGGAGACAGCGUCAUUUUGAGAUGUAGGAUCGACGAGGAGGUGACUCACAAGGCCUGGCUGAAUCGCUCCAACAUCCUCUUCACAGGCACAGAUAAGUGGUCGCUGGACAAGCGCGUGACGCUGGUCAAUAGUAACAACAGCGACUUCUCCAUCCAUAUCAGCAAGGUGCAAGUGACCGACGAGGGGCCCUACACCUGCACCUUCCAGGCUUAUAACAAGCCCCGCAUCACCCAUGUCUACCUCAUCGUCCAAGUGCCGGCCAGAAUCGUCAACAUCUCCAAAGACGUGUCGGUGAAUGAGGGGGAGAACGUGAACCUCUUUUGUCUGGCAGUGGGCCGGCCCGAACCUACCGUCACCUGGAAAGACCAGAAAUAUGGGCUGGUGAGCGACGGGGAGUUCCUCGACAUCACAGAAAUCAAGAGGCAGCAAGGUGAGGACUACGAGUGCAUCACCAACAACGGAGUGGCCCCGCCUGACAAGCGCAAGGUCAAGGUCACGGUUAAUUACCCUCCCAUGAUCACAGAUGUGAAGAACAUGCCAGCCCAGCUGGGCAAAACAGCCAUCUUGCGCUGCGAGGCCAUGGCAGUGCCCACUGCCUCCUUCGAGUGGUACAGAGAUGACCACAGGCCGGUAGAGAAUGACAACACCCUGAGGAUCAAAAACGAGAAGACGCGCUCGCUGCUGCUCUUCACCAAUGUGACAGACAAACACUUUGGCAACUACACCUGCUUUGCCUCAAACCGUCUGGGGGCUUCCAACGCCAGCAUGCUGCUGUUUCGGCCGGGGGCGGUAUACGGACACGGGGUUGCCCUACAUGCAGGGAUGAGCGCCGGCGUCGGUGUCUUGUUGUCCCUCUCCAUCACUCUUCUGCUGAAGGUGUAAAGAGCUUUGCCCGGAAUCGUCCCUAAACUCCCCCAACCCCCCCUCUCCCCUCUCGGCUGAAGGAAGAAGGAAAUGAAAUUCUUUAAUUACGAACCCAUCACUGUGAACAAAAAGAAUAUGCAUUAUUCCAGGAGCCAUUGACUCAUUGCAUCAAACACACUCCCACUUUUCUCCCCCAAUUCCCAGCACCCUCACUCCAAUAUCCAGUCCCGAUCAUCUGCAACACCGCCAUCACACCUCUUUCUCUCUCUCUCUCUCCGACUGUCUCUCUCUCCUCUUUCUCUCUUUCUCUCCCUAUGUUUCAAUCCCUCCUCUCUAUCUCUCACACACACUGUCUGUCUCACUCUCUGUCUGUCUUCUUUGAAUACCUUGCAGAUUUGUCUGACUAGGUACUUCCUCCUCACCUUGUUUUUUUUUUUUUUUUUUUUUUUUUUUUUUUUUUUUUUUUGCCAUUUAG